CGGCGACGUACAGAGAAAUUGCGUCAUGUUGUUUCAACUUCGGAGGGACUCCCUCAAUACCCCCAUCUUCUCGCUGAAUAACCCCUAAUCCUAAACCCCUUCCAACCCAGACCUCAAAAACCUAGAAAACAACCAAUGCCAGUCCUUCAAUCACUCUCUCAUCUCAAUCCUUUGGUUCCCGUUCGCCCUCGCACUCUCUUUCCAAAGCCCCUGAAUUUUGUUACCAAACUACGCCUCAAAACCCCCGGAAAUGCCCUCCCUGUACUCUCUUGCUCUUCUCCCAAGUCCCUCCCAGCCACCGAGCAAGAAGUCCUCCAAGCCGUCGUGGAGUCCGACGAGAAGACACUCCCGUGCGUGAGAACCUACGAGAACAACUUGGCUCGGCUGACUCUCGUCGGAUCCGUAGACCUCGAGCAGGCCUUGACGGCGGCUGCGGCAGACGGCGGUGAAGCUGCCGCCGAGCACAUCGAUUCCGGGGUGCCUGCUAUGGUCGUCGAGACUGUAUUUCCUGGCCCUUCGGACAAGCGCAGCACCGUCUCUACCCGGCUGUUUUUGCCAGCUAGGAGAGUUAAAGAAAAAGCCAAAAAGCUUAGAAGGUCUAUCUCCAAAGAUAUGCUCGAAAGCACUACAUCAAGGAACAUACUGGCCAUGACAUUUAGGCAAGUAGUUUUGCAGCAGAUUUACAACUUUGAACUGGUGGUUUUUAGUCCUGGCUCAGAAAGAAAUAUGAAGGAUCUUGAAAACCCAAGAGAGCAGGUCCUUGAAUCUUUUAGCCUCACCUCAUCAGAUGAAAGAGUUAUCUCUGUACUUGCAGAAGCCUUUUGCAUUUCUGCUCUUCAAAGCAAUGAAAGACAUUUCCUUGAUAACAUAUUGGGCAAUACUUCAAGUAAUUUCUUCCGUUGGUUUCGAAAGCCCAGAAGGGUUGCAUCAAAAGAUUCUUCAGUCAUCAUAUACAAAUUAUUUGAGGAUGAGAUAAUUGAAAAUGCCAAGAUUCUGCUGGAAAAGUUUAAUUCAACGAAGAGUAACCUUAAGCCCCAGGAAACAGAAUCAAAGCACUAUUGGUGGAUGCCAUCAGGACACGUGGAAUUGGAAAAGAUUGGUGGUCCUGAGUUCGGUGCUUGGACAAGUGAGUAUAUCCCUGCUUAUAAGCUACAAAUUGACGCUGAUAGACUCAACACUAUUGAUUUCAAGGGCUGGAAAAAUUGUGAACAGAAUCGGUGGGAAGUGCUUCUUACCCACUCCCAAAUGGUUGGAUUGGCUGAAACUUUAGAUAUGUACUACGAAGAUGUUUACUCACUGCCCAAUAAACAGCUAUCAUGUGGCGUGGUUGCAAGUUUUGCAAACUUGUCCAACAAAAAGAGGAGCUCUUCUUUUUUCAAACUGCUGUCUUUUAGUCUUGCAACUGGAGUUUUUCUGGUUAUAAUCAGUGCUCUCGGUCAACUUGGUUUGCCUUAUCUAAGCAAAGGAGGAACUUACCGUGUAGAAGAUGGAUCUCUUCCAUCAUCUGAAGUUGACUAUGCACUAAACAUGUCUCUGGAUGCUACAGAGUUGGAAGCAUUUUGCAUCUCAAUUGUCAAAAAGAUGACGGAUGCUUAUGGUUGGCCCGGGGAUAUAUUGACAGAAACAAGCAUUGGUGCCUGGACUGGGGAACUACCACCCUACCUGAGGAUGGUCAGUGAAGCUGAUUCCAUUGGUGAAGGCAUUUCAGCUGCUGCUUUAGAGAAAAUUGAUGCUGAAAUGAAAAUUUCUGCACAGUAUAUUGCUAGUUAUCAGGUGGUUUUGUCAAUUGAUGGGAAGAUUAUUGGGUUUCAACCUUUGAGCAGGGUAGCUAUUAAUCACUGGGCUGCUAAUCCCCUAGCAAAGGAGUUGUAUGGGGGUAAAAAACUUUCUCCUGGUUUUGUGGAACCUGGUCUCAAGGUGCAUCAUCCCAAUAAAUUAGUUGUGUUAGAAUUGCUGGUGUCAGUUAACCCGGAUGCCUGCUUUGCUUUGGCCAGGCCAUUCAGAUGAUGUAUUGCCUAGUAGUUGUAUAUGAAGACUACUGCCUCCAGCUUGUCGUUGCCGCCUUAUAUGGGUUCAACACCAAUAUACUGGAAAUUUACAUGUUAGAUUAAUGGCCACAGGAAAACUUGUGUGAAUUUUCUAGCACCAAGAGCUGUUUAUGCCCAAGUUCUCUCCGGCAUCAGCAUCGCCAGGCCUGAGAUUUGAAGGAAUCGAUGGAAGCCUACUUUAGGACAGCUGGGGUUGGCAUUCCCAUUAUACAAUUUCUUGUUCAUUAAUGUAGUCAUGGCAUAGAAUGCUACUGUCACAUUGUUUACUAGUCUUAUUCCGAUGCGUUUAUCUU